AGUGGGAGGAAUAGUGUCUCAUCAUUGGUAUCAGUGGGAGGAAUAGUGUCCCAUUGUUGGUAUCCGUGGGAGGAAUAGUGCCACAUCAUUGGUGUCAGUGGGAGGAUAGUGCCCCAUCGUUGGAAUCAGUGGGAGGGGGGGGAAUAGUGCCCCAUGUUUGGUGUCAUGGGGGGGAAUAGUGUCCCAUCGUUGGUGUCAGUGCGGGGAGGAAUAGUGCCCCAUCGUUGGUGUCAGUGGGGGGGGAGGAAUAGUGCCCCAUCGUUGGUGUCAGUGGGGGGGGAAAUAGUGCCCCAUCAU